GUGGUUGUUGCGCCUCGCAAUGACGAUAAGAUCAUUCAAUUUGGUGGCAAAGGGUCCCAAAUGGGGCAUGCGCCACCUGCAGGUGCUGUUCCUUUUCAUAUGCGCCACUUUGACCGUGGCACAAAGGUUUAAUAUGAGCGUGGCCAUUGUGGCUUUCACAAAUGCCAACAGUAGUCACCCAAAUUUCCCGGAAUAUCGGUUGACGGAGCAGCAGAAGUCGUAUAUCCUCAGCAGUCCCUUUUGGGGUUCCUGUUGCACCCAACUGAUGAGUGGCUAUCUCUCGAGUCGGUUUGGAGCCAAGAUUCUGCUGCUGGCCAUCAUGUUUGUGACCGCUCUUCUCAGCAUUGCCACGCCCUUCGUAUUGGCUUGGGGCGGAUGGCAACUGUUAUUCUGGGUGCGAAUAGUCCAGGGACUUGCGAUGGGGGGCAUGUGGCCCGGUCUGUACACCCAUCUGGCCAAGUGGUGCCCCAAGAUGGAGGCCAAUCGCUUGGGCGGAGUGAUGACCACGGGAUUGGAUUGCGGCACAAUAAUAGGAUUCGCUUUGAGUGGCGCACUCUCUGCCUCGCCACUUGGCUGGCCCAGCUCCUUCUAUGUGCCAGGAUACUUGGGAAUUGCAUGGUGCCUUCUUUUUCUACGUUAUGGGGCUAACUGCCCGUCCGAAUCCAGAUUUAUUUCACUGGCGGAGCGAAAACACAUUCAACUGGCUUUGGAGCAGAAUCAGGUUGUUCGGAGUGAGAUUCCUCCAGUGCCCUGGCUUCAAAUACUCACCUCACGGCCGUUCAUUGUGCUGGCCUUUUGCAAGAUGAGCCAGGCAUGCAGCUUCUAUACGCUGAUGCAACAGAUUCCACGAUAUAUCCACGGCAUCUUCCACUACAGCAUCGCGGUGAAUGCCCUGCUCUCCGCUCUGCCCUUCGUGGUCAUGCUAAUGUCGUCGUACGGGUUUAUUUUCCUGUCUGACUAUUUGACCCGACAUCGUGACAUUUCCCUGCCCAUCCUCCGGAAGACCAUCAAUUCAUUUGCCACGUGGACUCCGGCUGUGUCCUUGGUGAUUCUAUCCUACCUCAGCGAUCGAAACGUAGUGGGAAGUAUGUGCUGCCUGGUGGCAGCAACAGCUGCCAUUUCCGGACAGGCUAUUGGUAGUUCCCUCAACCACGUGGACUUGUCGCCCAAUUUCGCUGGACUCCUUUUUGGGAUCAGCAACACAUUGAUGUCUGCGGCUGGAGUGAUAUCCCCCAUCGUUAUUGGACUAACGGUUACCAACGAGUCGGAUCGCACGCAGUGGCGUUCUGUUUUCCUUGGAAUCUCUGUGAUUUUGUUCCUGGGCAACUUGUUUUACGUGAUCUUCGGUCAAAUGACUGUCCAGUCAUGGAAUGAUUCCCAAUCCAAAAAGACCUCAACAGAAGCGAUACCAAAAAUAGAAGCGCCUUACAAGGCGCCCGAAGAAAUGCUAUCCUUCGAAAAAUUUAAUUAUUUGUAA